AACUGCCAGAGGAAAAACAUUUAGCCCUGUUUUGGGUGCUUAAUAAACAAGAUUGUCAUUAUCAUUAUUGCUAUUUCUUCAUCAGCAAACAUGAGACCGCUGCAGUUGCAAAAUUGGACUUCACAAAUUGCAAUUUUACCUGCUCCUUACAGGAUUAGGUUCAGCUUUUAUUCCACUGAGAAUAAAAGCUACAUUCACUACUUCCAGUUUUUAUGUUCUCAAAAUUUCAAGUAUAAGUGUUUGUUUUGCUGAUACUGGCUUGUGGUAAUAGGAUGAGUUAUUGGUCCUUACUAGUGGGUUGAGAAUAGGAACUGAAGUUAUAAUGCAUUGGCAUUUCAAUUUUCAACUUAAAACUUCUAAACAAUAAAUAAUUAAGAUUUCCAUUUGACAAACAAAGGGUUGCAAAUGCUAGAGGUUGUCAGAAACUAGAUAUACUGUUAUUAUUACAAUUUACAUGUGAAAUGUUACUUGCGUUACAACUGAGACUAAAGCUUUCGUGGUAGUUUGUUGCAAUUUAGCUUGCAAGUUUAUGUAUAUAUUCAUAUGGUUUUUUCUUGCAACUUUCCUGUUUACUGCAUUAUUUGCUGGCUGCCUUAGAUUGUUUCAUUGUCUCUGUGUUGAAUCAGGUUACAUUGUCACAUACCCAGUGCAAAUUAACUACCCAUGAAGUUGUUCCUGGCUUCAGUUUUUCAUUUCUUCUUUGUCCUGGUCACUCUUUUUCGUCUAGCUAAUGCUGACCUGAAUUCAGAUAAGCAGGCCCUUCUCAACUUUUCUACUGCUGUACCCCAUUAUCGGUUACUCAACUGGAGCCCCACUUCAUCGGUUUGCAACUCUUGGGUGGGUGUUACUUGCAAUUCAAAUGGCACUCGUGUGAUUCGGCUCCGACUCCCUGCAGUGGGGUUUAUUGGCCGUAUCCCAGCCAACACACUUGGUAAACUGGAUGCCCUUAUGGUUCUCAGCCUCCGAUCCAAUCUGCUCAAUGGUAAUCUUCCUUCUGACAUUACCUCUCUUCCGUCACUCCAAUACCUUUACCUCCAACAUAAUAACUUUUCUGGCACAAUUCCCACCUCUUUUUCCUCACAACUCAAUGUACUGGAUCUUUCAUUUAAUUUUUUCUCGGGCAACAUUCCUCAAUCAAUAGCGAAUUUGACACAACUCAGUGUUUUGAGCCUCCAGAACAACACCCUUUCUGGAUCCAUACCUGAUCUUAACCACACUAGGCUCAGACGUUUGAAUUUAAGCUACAAUCACCUUAAUGGCUCCAUCCCAUUAUCCCUUCAAAAGUUUCCCAAUUCAUCCUUCGUUGGAAACUCUCUAUUAUGUGGACUGCCUCUUAAUCCUUGCUUUGUUCCCCCACCUUCGCCCUCUCCAGCUUUCCCUCCCCCACCAGCAAUCCAUAAGCAGGGUUCAAAAACAAAACUGACAAUGGGAGCUAUCAUUGCCAUUGCAGUGGGAGGGUUUGCAGUGUUGUUUCUUGUUGCUCUAAUUAUUUUGUGCUGCUGUUUGAAGAAAAAGGAUGAUGGAGGUAGUAGGGUAUUGAAGGGGAAGGCUGUUAGUAGUGGAAGGGGUGAGAAGCCCAAAGAGGAGUUCGGGAGUGGAGUGCAAGAACCUGAGAAAAACAAGCUGGUGUUCUUUGAAGGCUGCUCUUACAAUUUUGAUCUUGAGGAUUUGUUAAGGGCUUCUGCUGAAGUGCUGGGAAAGGGUAGUUAUGGCACUGCUUAUAAAGCUGUCUUGGAAGAAUCAACAACUGUGGUGGUGAAAAGGUUGAAGGAAGUAGUGGUUGGAAAGAGGGACUUUGAACAGCAGAUGGAGACAGUGGGAAGGGUUGGGCAGCACCCAAAUGUUGUACCCCUCCGUGCUUAUUAUUACUCUAAGGAUGAGAAGCUUCUAGUUUAUGACUAUUUCCCUGGUGGCAGCUUAUCUACACUUUUGCAUGGAAAUAGGCAAGCUGGUAGAACUCCACUAGAUUGGGACAGUAGAGUGAAGAUUGUUCUUGGAACUGCACGGGGGAUUGCCCACCUGCAUUCUGCUGGAGGUCCAAAAUUCACUCAUGGGAACAUCAAGUCCUCAAAUGUCCUUCUCAGCCAAGAUCACAAUGGUUGUAUCUCUGAUUUUGGCCUGACACCUCUAAUGAAUAUUCCUGCAACUCCAUCUCGGAGUGCAGGCUAUCGUGCUCCUGAAGUGAUUGAAACCCGUAAACACACUCAUAAGUCAGAUGUCUAUAGCUUUGGUGUCCUCCUGCUAGAGAUGCUGACAGGAAAAGCUCCACUUCAAUCACCAGCACGAGACGACAUGGUUGAUCUGCCUCGAUGGGUUCAGUCAGUUGUGAGGGAGGAAUGGACAGCUGAGGUUUUCGAUGUUGAGCUAAUGAGAUACCAAAAUAUUGAAGAAGAAAUGGUUCAGAUGUUGCAAAUUGGGAUGGCCUGUGUAGCAAAGGUGCCGGACAUGCGACCAAACAUGGAUGAAGUUGUUCGAAUGAUCGAAGAAAUAAGACAAUCUGACUCAGAAAACCGACCAUCUUCUGAAGAGAACAAAUCUAAGGACUCAAAUGUGCAGACUCCAUGAUUCCCAAAAUGUUUGAAUUCAAGAUCAAGAUUUCCAAAGCCUAGCACAUGCCAAAUGAGGUUUCUGAAGCAUUGUUCAAGGCCUUAUGCGCAUGUGUGGUUUCUUAGUGUGAAUUUGUCCAAAAUUUUUUCAGUUCAGUUUUUCCCAGAUUUGUAGGUUUUUUAUUAAUGGGGUUUCUCCUGAUUUGUUGUAAUAUUCAAUUCAACAUUAUGAAUGAAUUGAUAACCUCCAAUUAAUAACUUUUCGAAUA